AUGCAGAGCUCUAAGAUUCACGGUCGGCCCGUUGAGGAGUCGACAUCAAUCAAGUCCACAAAUGCUCCUUCCAAAAAAUCCCAUGAUCCCUGGGUCCAUCUCUUAGCUGGCGCGAGUGGUGGCUUUGCUACCGCUAUUGCAACAUCACCUCUUGAUGUUCUAAGAACACGUCUCCAGUCCGAUUUCUACCAACGACCUCCUGCUCCUGCUUCUACUUCCGCGUCAUCCGCUGCCGCCUCGACCAUCUCCAAACACGCCACGCACAACACCGCCCGUAUCAUUAGCAACAUCUACCAAGCAGAGGGAUGGCGCGCCUUUUUCCGUGGCCUUGGUCCCAGUCUAGCUGGCGUGGUCCCGGCGACCGCCAUCAAGUUCUGGGUCUAUGGAAAUGCCAAGCGCAUCGGUGCCCAAGUGCUGGGAACCGGUGAAGACUCUACACUCGUCCAUGCGCAGGCCGCCAUUUCCGCAGGUAUCGCUACUGCAACCGCCACGAACCCAAUCUGGCUGGUCAAGACACGAUUGCAACUAGACAAGGCGCAAACCACCACCGGCACGCGCCGGUACAAGAACAGUCUGGAUUGUAUCCGACAGGUUCUUCGUCAAGAAGGCAUCAGUGGACUGUACAGGGGACUCAGUGCCAGUUACCUGGGAUCUCUCGAAACAGCCCUGCAUUUGGUCCUCUAUGAGCGGAUCAAGACCGCUUUGCACUCAUCAUUGGGCUCGCCCGACGGCAAGGACACCGCGACGCAAAAAGAAAUCACAAGCUGGCUGAGCACAACUGGAGCGGCAGGAUCCGCCAAGUUUGCUGCGGCCUUGAUCGCCUAUCCCCAUGAGGUCAUCCGAACACGACUCCGUCAAGCGCCAAUGGAGAACGGCAUCCCCAAAUACACCGGCUUGCUGCAGUGCUUCAAGCUCAUUGCCAAGGAAGAAGGUAUGGCGGGUCUUUAUGGAGGCUUGAUGCCCCAUAUGCUUCGCUCCAUCCCCUCGGCUAUCAUCACGCUGGGUGUCUACGAGUUUGUCCUGCGAUUCGUAGGAACAUCUUGA